AUGGACAAAGCCCAGCAGUUCCUCUCAAACACACACAAUAUGCUCCUCCGUGCUCAGAGAGAUGCAGAGAUCCAGGGUUCCCAUUAUUGGGAUGAGAGCAACACUCUCACUGACAAGAUCAGUUGUCUGAAAGAGGACGUCUCUUGCUAUCACAUCAAACGAGAUGAACAUUGUUCUGAGAAUGAUCAGCUGAAGGGCAAGCUGUCCGCUUUGAACAGUGCCCUUCCCCCUCCCCCUCCCUGCACUCCUCUCCCUUCUGCUGCUUGCAAGGCAGCUCCCCCUUCUGCCUCUCAUGAGGCAGACAAAUUGUAUGAUGUCCUGAUGGACAUCAGCCCCAUCAAGGAGGCCCUAGUGGCUGCCCUGACAACCUCCACUGUUGCAAAGGUCUCGACCAUUGUGAGGGUUCCUCCUGUCGUGAAGGCCUCUGCCAUUGCCCUCAGUAAAUGUCCCACAGUGGAUGAGCUCCCAUCUGCACACCCACAGAAGAUGCAGUCUCUUGUGACUGCCAUGUCCUCCUCCUGCAUCUCUGCUGUCAGCAAGACGUACAGCACAGUGGUUGCCAGCUUGUCUGGCAAAUCAUCCAGUCAAAAGGAUGAGACAACGUACACCUUGCUGCCACAGUUUGCCCCUAUGGGCAUAGCAAUUACUGGCAGUAAAUGCCUGCCACAUGGCCUCCCUCCUUAUGAUAAGGAGAAGCCAUGGGAGAAGGCACAGCAUGUUGGCAGCUCCUUCCAUGAGCACAUCCUCAACAAGGAUGCAGCAAAGGCACUUCUGGCCUUUGACAGCCAGAACAACUCGCUCUGGACGCAGGUUUAUCAAUCUGCAAUUGUUCCACCUCCCCAGGCAGACCUCCCUCCCUUGGGCUUGAAACUGGAAGGUUUCCUCUGGAGCGAUGAAUGCACACCUGCUAUUGCAGGGCCAUUGCAUGUUGACGUCCCUUCUGAGAAGGACAUCUCAAUUAUGGUUCUGAUGACUGUGACAGAUAUGAUGAAGGUCUCUAAGUUGUAG